CUUUCAUCCAUUCAUAGCUCUGCUCCGACAACACUCAAAAGGAAGCGAUCAAAGGCCAAAUCAACAAUUAAAACAAGCUUCUUUUUUACAGUAUUGUUGUUAUGGCAAGAAAGAUGUUGAUUGAUGGGGAGCUGGAAAAGCCCAAUGAAGAGAAGACUCAAUAUGACUUUGAUUUGUUUGUGAUUGGUGCUGGCAGUGGUGGAGUUCGUGCUUCUCGGUUUUCAGCGCAAUAUGGAGCCAAGGUCGGGAUAUGUGAGCUUCCAUUUCAUCCUAUCAGCACUGAAGUUAUUGGAGGAGUUGGCGGAACGUGUGUUAUUCGUGGUUGUGUUCCUAAAAAGAUUUUGGUCUAUGGUGCAUCCUUUGGAUCUGAAUUGGAGGACGCAAGGGGUUAUGGAUGGGAACUUAAUGAGAGAAUUGAUUUCAAUUGGAAGAAACUUUUACUCAAGAAGACAGAGGAAAUAGUUAGAUUAAAUGGAAUCUAUAAGCGGAUGCUUGCAAAUGCUGGAGUUAAACUAUUUGAAGGAGAGGGAAAAGUUGUUGGUCCUAAUGAAGUUGAAGUGAACCAACUGGAUGGCACCAAAAUAAGCUAUUCAGCAAAACACAUUCUGAUUGCAACUGGAAGUAGGGCUCAACGUCCAGCUAUUCCUGGACAGGAACUGGCUAUAACAUCUGAUGAGGCAUUGAGCUUGGAAGAGUUGCCUAAGCGAGCUGUUAUACUUGGGGGAGGGUACAUAGCUGUUGAGUUUGCUUCAAUAUGGCGCGGGAUGGGUGCAUCAGUGGAUUUGUGCUUCAGAAAGGAGCUUCCUUUAAGAGGUUUUGAUGACGAAAUGCGAGCAGUGGUUGCAAGAAAUCUAGAAGGCAGGGGAGUUAAUAUGCAUCCUAGGACAACCUUAACUGAGCUAGUUAAAACAGAAGAUGGUAUAAAAGUACGCACUGAUCAUGGUGAAGAAUUGCUGGCAGAUGUUGUACUCUUUGCCACUGGUAGGACACCUAACACAAAGAGAUUGAAUCUGGAAGCUGUAGGCAUCGAACUUGAUAAGAAUGGAGCCGUGAAGGUUGAUGAAUACUCUCGUACCAACAUACCUAGCAUAUGGGCCAUUGGCGACGUUACAGACCGAAUGAAUCUUACUCCUGUUGCAUUAAUGGAAGGAACCUGUUUUGCUAAAACUGUUUUUGGCGAACAACCCUCAAAACCUGAUUACAGCCAUGUUCCUUGUGCUGUGUUCUGCAUACCGCCACUGUCUGUAGUUGGUCUCAGUGAGGAACAGGCCAUAGAUCAAGCAAAUGGUGAUGUUUUAGUCUUCACAUCAACAUUUAAUCCAAUGAAGAACACAAUUUCUGGACGUCAAGAGAAAACGGUUAUGAAGCUUGUUGUUGAUGGUGAGACUGAUAAAGUUCUUGGAGCAUCCAUGUGUGGGCCAGAUGCAGCUGAGAUCAUACAGGGCAUUGCUGUUGCACUUAAAUGUGGAGCAACCAAGGCACAAUUUGAUAGCACGGUUGGUAUACAUCCUUCUGCUGCAGAAGAGUUCGUGACCAUGAGAUCUGUGAGUAGGCGGAUCGCGGCUGGUAAACCGAAGACCAACCUAUAGGCAUGAACGCGAAAACGUUGUACUUUAUUAUGAUCGUGGGAAAUUAGAUUCACUUUGAGAAAGCCUAUUGUAGAAGACACUGAUUAUCCUUUCUGGGAUUUCAUUGAGAGACUUUUCCUCCACUCAGAUGUUGCUUCGGCUUCAGCAGUAAUUUCAAAACAUUGCAUAUCAAAUAAUCAAGGAACGUGAAUUGUUAAGUGCAAAUUGGUUAUCUGGAGACAAACAUAUUUUCAAUAAAUUUUAUGAUUUUUUCGGCUUAAAA